AGACCACAGCUAACAUGAGCUGCUACAUUACAGAGCUAGUCAGAGGCAUAAAUAUGCCAGCGCAGCCAGCGCGCGCAGCGCAGGCUAGGCCAUCGCACGGCGUAUACCGUACUACUCCACAUACGCAGUCGUCGACUUCAAAUCCCAGGCCAGUUUUGCGUUCCUUGUUCUAAUUGAAUAAUUCUGAAGACUAUUUAAUUGAUAUUUUGAAAUCAUGGAUUUUUAUCAUCUAUUGAGGAGGUCUGCGUCACAAGCUAGACGGACUGUACAUAGGAAUAUGGCUACACAAACCAAUGCUACUGUGACACAAAUUUCCAAACAUCUAGAGGUUCACCAGUACCACCCAGAUACAAUAGAUUCUAGAGGACCUAGACCAACUGUGGUAUUCCUUCCAUGGAUGAACGCGACCCAAUCACAAGCAAAUCGCUACCGUGAGCUGUAUGCCACCAGAGGCUUCAACGUCCUGACUGUUUGGGGAAGUCUAUCAUAUUUCCUGUGGCCACAGUGGGCAAUGCCGCUGGCCACAGAGCUGGCCGACUUCCUCAAGGACGAAACCAGAGGACCGCUUCUUGUUCAUAGUAUGUCUGUAGGUGCGUACCUCUACGCAGUCACUCUGUCCGUCAUUUCAGACAACCCUGACAAGUACAGCAGUCUUGUCUCGAGGGUCAAAGGUCAUGUGUACGAUAGCAUUGUAGUUGGAACUCUUGAAGAGAUGGCAAGGGGUGUUGGUUUGAUCGUUGCACCGAAGAGCACCAUCCUGCAGCAGGCUAUUAGCCGAUCGUGUCUGCUGUAUUUCGCUGCCACCAAGCAACACACUGUCCUACCGUACAACAGGUUCAUCGACGUGGUACACAACUCGCCUUUCAAGACUCCCAAGCUGUGUUUCUACUCUCGCAACGAUGUGAUGUGCCUUCCAGAAGCAAUGGAGAGAUUGAUGAACCAUUGGAGGAAUGACUAUGGUCUUGAUGUCACGGCCAUGGCUUGGGAAAACUCACCUCAUGCCUCGCAUCUGAGAACCGAUCCAGAAACCUACAAUUCACUCCUUAAUGAAUUCCUCAAAAAGGUGGGCUUAGAUAAGCUACCUUUGAAUUUAUCCUCAAAACUCUGAUUCAAAAGGAAAUUAAAACCACCCUCUGUUGCUAACUGAAAUUGUAUUUAGAGAGAAAAUCUCACGAACUUUGGUUGUCUUUAACAAUUCACAAUGUGAAUUAUUUACAUCUCUUAUAUAUACAUUUUAGAGCUGAUAUUGGUUGUGUAAAAGCCUUGAUACAAUCAUUGCCCUUGUGAGGUCAUUGUCAUUGAGAUUGUGAUACAACACUUGGGUAUAUUGUCUUAUUUGUCUUCAGAAUUAGAUUGUCUGUUUAUCUGUCUGUUCAGUGUAAUCUUCAAAUAGUUAAUAAGAUACCAUCGUCCAUUUACAUUGUUUGUGUUAUCAAUUUAAAGCCUGUCUAAAGUAUUGGUAAAGGGUCAGUUAUGUGUUGAGUGUUAAUGAACAACAAAAGCGUAGUAGUUUUUGAUUUGCAUGGUUUUCCCAUUGAUUUCUAAAUACGUCAUUUUUCCAACUGUUGGGAUUUAAUCUAGCGCCCUCCUCUCUUGUUUUUUUAAUUUAAUCAAAAGUAUUUAAAAUAGCCAUACAAGCACCUUACAUAUUUACUAAUAUAUUAAAAUGUAGUGACAAUGGUCAUAUCCUUAACUUGUCUUAUGCCAUCAACAGUGCUUUGUAUCCUCUGGAAAAAGCACUAUAUAUUGUUAUUAUUAAAUUGUCAGCCCAUUUCUUGCUUGAGAAGGUACUUUGUAUAAUGGAGACAAAACAUUGUAGAUAUUGCAUUUCAAUUGGGCACUGAGUCAAAUUAGAUAUUGAUGUAAAAAUCAGGAGAUUUAUCCAAUUAAACAUGUGUUUAGUUUAUAUAUCAUUCACAGCACAGACCAUUCUGGGCCCCGUCUUACAAAGAGUUAAGAUUGAUCCAAUCAAUCGUAACUCUGGAAAUCCAUCAGGGUUAUGUUUUCUACAGGUUAUUUGCACAAUGAAAAAAAAAAAAUGUUGAAGUAGAUUUUACUGGAUGGGGGAAAAAAUAGGCCCAACUUUCUGUAUCCUUUUUCCCCAAAUUGGGCCACGCACAAACCAGUCAAUAUAUGAUAUAUGCUUUUGCAUUUUAAACCUGUCACUACCUCAAACUAGCUAAUGUAGAAUAUUUUGAUACGGUAUGCACAAUAUUUAUUUAUGAGACUCAUAUAUGUAGCUCAAGGGCUAUUUAUUUUGUUCUUUUUCAUUCAUUUUCUUUCAGGGAAAUAAUUUGGCAAUGAGUUCCAUAUUUUCAGCAGGGUUUUAUUUUUACUUGAUCCUCAAUUAAAGGUCUCCUCUUCAAUUCUGACCCAAUGCUGCUGGUGAGGAUUGAAAAAUAGUGCAAUUAUUGACAAUCAUGCUCUCCUGCUUAUGAAAAAACCAUUUACUCAAUAAAUUAACAUGUGUACCUGUUAAUGCUAUGAUUAUUUUAUGGCAUUGGUUUCAGGAAGUUACCAUUGUGUAUUCACUGCAUUCAAUGUGCUAAGGUAUUGUUUCGACAGGCUUAAUUGGCCCUCCCAAAAUAUUAUUAUUCAUACUACAAGUUGUAUUUAGUGAUCCAUUUUCCAGGCACCUGCGCGGCUGGCCAUGCCAGGUAAUUGGAUCGCCCACAUAUUUCUGAUAGGAAUAUUCAUGUUUUGGGCGGGACCCAAGUCUUGCCAUGAUAUUAAAAGGCGCUCGUUCCAUUAUUCAUGUAUUGAACAUAAUUCAGAAUGAAUGUAGUUUGAUGAUUAUUUAAAACUGCAUUAUUUUCAAAAAAAGUGGUGUGAACAGUGAGCCAAAUAAUAAAUUCAUAAACGGCGCCCUAUAAUUAUAUGUAUGUUAUUGUGUAAAGUAGAAUGAAGUUUCUAUGUUAUCUGGUGCGGUUGCGAUAAUUUCUAAAAGAUAUACUGUGUACACUAUAUAUCUAUAUACAUGUAUAUAUAUAUAUUUUUAUUAGUAGAGUCAGAGCAUUAUAUUUUGCCUUGGUUUAAGAUAAUAAUGUGUAUAUAUUUACAGAGUAUCUUCUAUCUGAAAUUAAAUUUAAUGAAAUACAAAUUUGUGCAGACUUUAGAAAACAGCUAGUCGCACACACCCAGGUGAAAUUGAUAUUUGAAAUACUUAAUUUAUCAAUUGCAUAUUUUGCAGUUAAUUUUGAAUGAGUGACUUAUACCUUGGUCACAUUUGCUCUACGGCGGCCGUACGGCGAGUCAAAAACAGCCGUUUUAUUAAUUGUAAUUCAAACCAUCUAUAUGCAGCUGUUACAAAAAAUUUUAAAACGGCCGUUUUCAACUCGCCGUACGGCCGCCAUAGAGCAAAUGUGACCAAGGUAUUACCGUACUACACCUUUCAGAGGGCCAUGUUUCAGUGUUGCUAUUGCAGUAAUGGAUUGAUCGUAGUUGAAUUCCUCUGUGAAUAAUGAACUUGAUACCUAUUAAUUGAUACAGGCUCUUUUAGACUUAGAGCAGUUAAUCUCAGGAUAAUUUGAAUUCAAAUUAAAAGGAGUAUGAGGUGACAGGGCAAUGUUGCAUUUCUGAUCAUUAAACUCAAAUUCAAUUCUU